CCUCCCCAGUACCCGCCGCUGGGAGCAGUGUCAGACUGCUCUUAUCCAGGUCCAGAGAACGUUUACUAGCAUGAGGUAUGGAGCUAAUUACUGAGCCGUAGCAGAGAGAAGAGAAGAAGGCUGAGCCAAACUGCUGAGGAGGAGGAGGAGAAGAGGAAGGGUUGAUAAAACUACCAUCUCUCUCUCUCUGCGCUCAGAGCGCUAUACUCUGCCAGGCUUUGAAGCUGACAGAGAGAGAGCAGGAUUCGUUCAUCAUAGCGCCUUUAUAGAAGUUUACCAUCCCAAAUCGUGAACCAGACAGACGAAAGCUUUUAAUCCAGUAUCUGAAGAGGCGAUUUAUGGUGAAAAGUAUGCUUUUCUAAAGUAAAAUAUUUGGACAGACGAGGCAUCGCAUCGUUGCAGCGCUGACACAAAGUUUGCAGGUCCUCUACUUAGUUGGGAAGUUCAUUUCCCAUAGUUGGCUUCUGAGUGACAUCUGCUUCUUCUCCGCUGGAAUCCUUGACGGACUAAAUAACGUUUAGAUUGUUUGGAGCGCUGGUGGAAUUUUAACUGGAGACAGAGUUCUUCCAUGCAACAGUUGGCUAUUUUGUACAAGUAAGCCAUGGCACAACAGACCAGAAACGGAGGGACCUCAUUAAACAACAACGGCACUGAUAUCACCAAAAGGAAACUGUUGACAGGACUGGACCUCUUCUGCCUGCUACUAGUCAUGUUGCCCAGCCUUGCUAUCCACCGCAUCUCAGUGCAUCCGUACCAGCGUGGAUUCUACUGCAGCGACGUCAGUCUGCGUUACUCCUACAAGAGUUCCACCAUCCCCUCCUCUGUCCUCACUGGCGUGGGGCUCACUCUGCCCAGUAUGGCCAUUGUUAUAGGAGAGUGUUACCGGAUUCACCAUCUGAGGGAGGGAUCUAAGUCUUUCAUUGGGAACCCUUAUGUCUCAUCUCUCUACAAACAGGUUGGAGUGUUUAUAUUUGGCUGUGCCAUUAGUCAGUCGUUCACAGACAUCGCCAAGGUGUCAGUAGGCAGGAUGAGACCGCACUUCCUGGACGUGUGUAAACCUGACUGGUCAGCCAUCAACUGUUCCCUCGGAUAUAUCACCUCAUACACCUGUAAUUGCUCUGAGAGCAAAGUACAGGAAGCCAGGAAAUCCUUCUUCUCAGGACAUGCCUCCUUCUCCAUGUUUACUAUGCUCUACCUGGCUUUUUAUCUCCAGUCCAGGUUCACCUGGCGAGGUGCCCGUUUGCUCCGCCCCCUCCUCCAAUUCACGCUGCUGAUGAUGGCAUUCUACACCGGCCUAUCACGCGUCUCCGACCACAAGCACCACCCCACAGACGUACUGGCCGGCUUUGUACAGGGCGCCCUGGUGGCCUACUGCAUAGUGUUCUAUGUAUCGGACCUGUUCAAACCGCAGGAGAAGCCUGCCUCGCCCCCUCCCUCCCCCAUCAAGAAGGAGCUCCUCCCCCCUGCUGACAUCAUCGAGCGGAACAACCACCACAACAUGGUGUGAGACAGGCCCCUUCCCCUGACCGAGGAGCCUAUCACAGCGCUUCUCACCGCCCAUUGGACAGUAGAAUGUAGUGACCAGAGAGACUAUGGUCGCAUCUCAAAUCACACUCCGCUCCUUAUAUAGUGCACUACUUAUCGCACCCGCUGGUGCAAAGUAGUGCACUACUUAGGGAGUAGUGCUUUAUUUGAGUCCUGCCCUGCAGAAACCACUAUCCAGACUCUUUACUACUAUUGUUAUUACUACUAUUCUGAUUUGAGCCCAAGUUAGAGCAAAAAGAAAAUAAUCAAAAGCUAAAAGACAAGAAGUUACAGACAGACAGACAGACAGCAGUGCAGAGCAGAGCCGUUGAAACGAACACAUUGUAUCCACACAAAGGGGGGGGGAAUAAUAAAUGAAUAAAUGAAGGAGAAAAAGACAGACAUAUUAGCUGUCUCUGUCUGAGGCCUUGACAUAGGAUAACAACUUCCUUAGUAAUAGGAACUAUAUUACUGCAAUAGCACAUGACACAUCUAGUAUAUGAGUAACAAUAUAGAAUAGAAUAACUUACAGCACUAUAAUCCAGUUCACUGUCGAUUAUCACCACUCACCACCGGAUGGACCAGCUAUAAGAAUGCUUGUUGAUGCUUACGUAGAAGGUUGAAGUUAACCUGUAACUAGUUAACUUGUCCAAUGCCAGCUACUGACUACUACAACAGAAGGAACCAGACACAUUUAAGGACUCUUGGAAUAUUAGUCCAAAUGAGGACAAAAAAAGAUCCUUAUAAAAAUUGAAUGAAAUCCACCUCUAGCUUCUAAGUCCAGGUAUAGAAGUUUAGAAUAGUCUAGUUGUCAGCUCAACAAGCCUCUUAUAACUGCCCCUUUGAGUAGCCUAACCUGAGAUGAUGCUUUCUGAAAGAGGGGGGUGAGAUGAAAGAGGGUUUCAUGAACGAUGGAGGGUAAAGGAGGGAUAUUAGUUUGGGGGAGGUGGGGAAGAAUGGAGGGAGGGGGAGGUAAAUAUCUCUCAGCCACCUGUCACUCGGUGUGGGGGUGUGGCUGUGCCAUGCUGCCAUCUGAUUAGCUGCAUAGGUGGAGGUGUGGUCUGUUGCCAUGGACGUAGGGUUGAUUGACAGCUAAGCUGUCACGUUAUUAUGGGAUAGGGGCUCUUUCCGCUGGCAGGGAGGGGCUCUGGCCCACCCAAUCACUCAUUGGCAGUAUGUGUGUGUCCUGUGUGUCAUUGUGUGUGUGUGUGUGUGUGUCCACUCUGUUUGUUUUGUGUGUGUGUGUGAUGUGUGAGGGUUUGCAUGUCUUGUGUAUUUGUGAGUGUGAUUGUAUCUGUGUCUGUGUGUGUUUUAAUUCAUCCCCCUAGUAGUGUGUGUAGUAUGAACCCCCCCCACAUACCAUUGUCUGUGCCAAGAGUGUGUACCACUAUGUUUGCGUGUGUUUGUGUACGUGUGUGUUAGAGAGGGCCAGGGGUGGAGGGCUGAGACCCUGUCUGGAGAAUAUUAUUAAACUAUGGAUUGAAUCUUUUUAUUUUCUGCUAUGAUGGAUCUUUAACAUGUUCAUUGCUAGUCCAGUAAUGUAAUUAACUAACCUAUCCCCAUCAGCCAUUUUAUUUUACAGUUCAGUUUACUUAGGGGAAAUCUCAAGUAGCCCACUAUUGCCUAUAGCAGGGUUUCCCAAACUCGGUCCUGGGGCCCCCCCUGGGUGCACGUUCUGGUUUUAUCUCUAGCACUACACAGCUGAUUCAAAUAACCAACUCAUCAUCUAGCUCUGAUUUAUUUGAAUCAGCUGUAGUGCUAGGGCAAAAAACAGAAUGUGCACCCAGGUCAGAGUUUGGGAAACCCUGCCCUGUAGAAUGCUCUUCUUGCUAAAAUAAGUGCACUAGAUACGGAAUAGGGUGCCAUUUUGGACAGAGCCUAAGACAUCUUCUCAACAUCACCACUUUCUAAUCACGUUUAGUCCGUCCUAUCAUUUAAGAAAACACUUUUCUUUUCAUUUUAUAAAUAUAUAAAUAAUGUAUAGUUCACUAAAAUUAACUGUGUAAGAUAUUAUUUCUUAUGUUUAGCUAUUGUCCACUAUGAAACCACAACCUGUGUUAUCUACCAAGUGCUGCUUAAAAGCAUUGAUUGACAGAUUUUUGUAUUUAGUUAACUAAAAUAUUGUAGAUUUGUGAUAGUAUGUUUUUAAUACAUGUUGAAAACAAACACACCUACAAGUUUAUUAAAAUUCACUAUCAGUAUUUUUGUAUUGUCUCGUUUUGUAUAAAAUAAAUAUUAGCAAAAAAAAUGUCCUGCUAAAUGUACUUAGCUCUACUGCAUGUGGUUUUAAAUAAAAAGCCCAUUAUGAACACAA